CGGCUCAGAGCUGCAGUCAUGCUCCACCAUGUCGGAUGGUACCUGCUGCUGGGGUUCCUGCUGCUGGAUUUACAUGGACUGAACGUUCAGGGUCAAAGGAGACGCAAAGGAAAGAGUAAGUUCCUGCGACGUGGUGCUUCUCGAGGGGAUGGAACGCUGCCUUCAGGACCUGAUCGCAAAGGUUCAGCGGGUCGCGGGGACGUCUUUGUGGUGGACGAGGACACUGACCUGAUGGAUCCGAUCUUCCAGAAUGGCGGACAAGUCAACCCUCAAUGGAAACCUCACAGAAAUGGACUCAACGGGAGCCAGAAGGGGAAACCUGAGGUGGCCUCGAAAGAUCUGGAGGAGAACAUCACCACCGACAAGAAGACCGACUCUGGGGGGAGGAAUUCACCGCUGUUCCCCGGGAAACCAUCAGACGGAAUAAUUGAUCUGGAUGCUGGAAAUGUCCCCAAGAAGCCCUCAGUGGGAUUCCCUGUCCUUCCUAAAACCCCCUCAGAUCCUAGACCUCCAGACUCCAACAAACCAGCAGAGGAGACAGAUGAGAAGGUCCAGUCUGUUUCACCUACGCCUCAUGUCUUCAUCUCAGGGGACGGGGGGGCGCUGACCACACAAAGCACGAUGUUCAUAGAUCCGAACGGACGGCGACCGGACGACAAGCUGCCUGGUGUAGUGACCAUCGUGUCCAGAGAUGGAGACCUAGUCCUGGGUUCAGAUGGCAGAAGGUACCGGCUGCAGAGAGGACCUCCAGGCCGGAUGGGCCCCCCAGGACCAGAGAGGUGGACCAUCACUGGAGCUGCAGGGCACACAGACCCAGACUCCACAUCCGGUCACAUCUGGGCCAGGAUCUGGAUCUGGAGUCACGCUGCUGUAAAAUCCACAGGAUCACUCAGCACCAUGACUGUGAUUGAAGCCGGCUGCAGAGAACACGAAGAGGCGCUGUCGGUUUAG